AUGUCCUUCCCCCUGCCGCCAAAGCCUCGUCGACGCCUGGCAGACUUCGAGGUGGAGCCAAAGGUCAUUGGCGAUGGUUCUCUAGCACUCGUGCGUGUGGCAUGGGAGAAGGUCACGGGCAAGAAGUACGCUCUAAAGGCCUUUGAUCGUAGGCUGCUGCGGAGCAACCACAAAGAUGCUGACGUGACCAUCGAGGAGCACUGCCUGCGAAGGGCCAACCACCCUGGCAUCGUGAAGCUCCACGCCUCCUUCAGAGACGAGGAGUGGCACUACUUCACCUUGGAGCUUUGUCCUGGAGGGGAGCUCUGGAGCUUGGUGCGGGCUGUCGGCUGCCCGGAGAGCCUCGGGAGGCAUUACCUGUGUCAGGUGCUGGAAGCAGUUCAGUAUCUGAGAGAUGCGCAGAUUGUCCACAGGGACCUAAAGGCGGAGAAUGUGCUCAUCGGACGACAAGGGAAUUGCAAGCUCAUCGACUUUGGGAGCGCAAGGGAUCUGGCGAACCCACAGGUCAAGGGAGCGGGGACUCGGAAUUUCAAGACGGUCAUGGAGGAGUACGUUGGCACCUCCAACUUCAUGGCUCCAGAGGUGGUGAUGAAUCAGUCUUCCGACUUCCGAUCGGACACCUGGUCUCUGGGAUGCCUGGUGUUCCAAGUUCUGGCCGGCCUCCCCCCUUUCCAUGGGGGGUCCAUCAUUCGUGUCUAUAAGAAGAUUCGCAAAGGUGUCCUCGAAUUUCCGCACAAGUGGCUCGGAGAUGACGCCGUGGACCUCAUCCAGAGAAUGGUUGCGAAGGACCCGGAUGCGAGACUUGGAUCAAGGAGCUUGCGCGAGGUUGAGGAUCACCCGUUCUUCAAGGAGCAGCGCUUCGCAGGUGCUCACCGUCGGCCGGCGCCAGUCUGCACCCUGCAGGAGAUGUGCCUGCGCCAAGUUGGCCUUCGAUGGCAAACGUUAGGUCACCGGGCCUUGUCGUGGGCAAAGUCGGAGCCAACCCUGGGCACCCAGGUGCUCGCACGACUGGAGCGCCUCGCGGCAGUCUCCGACCUCCUGGCUGGCAAGGACGAGGGCGAGACCUCUGAUUCCGAGGAUGCGGAGGCUGAUCGGCCUUGA